CACAAAUGUUCAAACAAAAAUAUUUUGAUAAUUUCUUAUCGAGAUUUUUUAUGCAAAACAAGAUUCUUUUCAGUGAUUUUUCAGUGGAAGUAUCUUCAAAGGAAUUAUCAGAAGAUGAUGAAGCGAAAUUUAAAAGAAGACACAGCGCUUGAAGGGGAGAAUCUCAUGAAAAAAGUGAAUCUCGUGGAGAGGAAUCAUUCGCCUUUUGGGGUGUCCUUGGUGAGUGCAAGUCGCGUGGGUAAGCAUGAUUCUAGCGACAUUGUGGCACUGGCAAGAGAAAUUUCAACUGCAGAUGAAGCUCUAAAGCACAGGGCAACAGGGAAGCUUAGUGUGAUACUGGAGCAGAUAAGAUUCCUGCAGCAGCAAGCAGCUCAGAUCAUCAAAGAAACUGAAGCUAGCAAAAGUGUGCAUGAAGCAGCAUGUAAUUUUAAGAAGGUUCCCGGAAAGUCUUAUCAUCUGUACAGGAGGGAAUCUGGUCAGAAAUAUCUCAGUAUGCUAUCCCCUGAGGACUGGUCCGGAAAAUGCAGUCACGAAUUUUUGGGCACUUUCCGCCUCGAGCAUGAUCACAGCUGGACACCGCAGGAGCUUACCCAGGAUGUGGAUUCGAAGAGACUGUGGUCUGAGCGUCUGCUGGAGCAUGGUGUGUCGAAAGUACUUGAGAUUGAGCAUAGCAGCGAUUGAAUAAAAAUUGGUUAACCCUCUAA